AUGACACUCUGCAGGCUCCGCACUCACCAGUGGUGCUUCAUCCUCUUUAAUGUCUUGCUUUUCCACGUGCUGCUUUUUGGGGCAGAUUUACUGGAGGAAUAUUUCUUGCGGUCGUUGCCUCUUUCUUACACCGACGCCAAGACUCUGGAAAUCAGGGAGAGGGCCAGGAGGCUGGAUACAGCUGCUCUAAAGGCCAAUCUCUCUUACACACUCAGCAGCACAGCAACAUGCCCUGAUCAGGAGAUACUUUUGCUGGUCCUUGUCUGCAGCAGCCCAGAAAACAGGGCAAGGCGCAACGUGAUCAGGCAGACAUGGGGCAACGUGACAGACACCAGAGGCUCUGCUGUGCUGACUCUGUUUGCCUUAGGAAAGCCAGCUUCAGUCUCCACCCAGCUGGAGAUCGAUGAGGAGUCUCAAAAGCACAGGGACAUUAUUGAAGGCAGUUUCAUUGACUCUCCCCAGACACAGACACAGAAGAUGUUGAUGAGCGUGGAGUGGACAGUGACUUUCUGUCCCCAUGCAAGGUAUAUUCUCAAAACAGAUGAAGACGUGUUUGUCAGCAUUCCAAGCCUGGCUGGGUACCUGCUGAGCUUAACACAGCUGGAGGACAUUUACAUUGGGAGGGUUGUUCAUCAGGACAUGCCCGACAGGGACCCCACAAGCCCUGGCUUUGUUCCCACCCAGCAGUACUCAGAGGAGUUCUACCCCGAUUACUGCCACGGCAGCGCCUUCCUCCUGUCCCAGGACGUGGCUCGCAAGGUGUACGUGGCUGCCCAGGGGGUCCCAGCCUCACUGCCCCCCGAGGUCUUCGUGGGCAUCUGUGCUAAGAGAGCUGGCAUCACUCCCAUCCACAGCUCUCGGUUUUCUGGGGGAAAGCACAUCAGCUACAAUCGAUGCUGCUAUAAAUUCAUUUUCACCUCUUCCAAGAUGAAAGAGGACGAGUUAUUUAAAGACUGGGAGGAAACAAGUGCUGGGGAAGAUUGCUCAUUACUGGAAACCUACUACGGGCUGGUGUCCUGCAAGGUUUUGACCUACAUUGAUAAGUUCAAACAGUUUAAUUUAGAUAAAAUAAAAUACGAGGUUCUUCAUUUCGCUGAUUAA